AUGAUUAUAUUUCUAUUGAUUAUUGUAAUUACUAAUGCAACAGAAAUUAUUAACAAUCCAGAAGUAAUUCACACACACAUGUAUUCAAAUAAACAUAAAAUAAUGUACAAUAAAUAUAAUAUACAUUUAAAAAGUGAACAACACCAAGUGAAUAAAGAAGAAAAGGUAACAUCUCCAGAAGAAAAUGGAGUACCAGGAACAAUAAAAACACCAAUAUCAAAUGAAAAAAUAUUAGAAAAUGGUGGUCAAAAUGAAGAAGGUUAUAACAAAGGAAAAUCUGAUAAAAAUUCCGUAUUAGAAAGCUCUACAACAAGUAGUGGUAAACAUGAAACAAGCAGCGCUGAUAAGGGGAAAGCAGAAGCACAAAAGCCAAGAAGCACAACUACUCCUGUUGUUCAGACAAAUACUGUAUCUCCAGGAAGCGAUGAACAAGAAGCUAAAGGACCAACUAGUAGUGGAACUACUGAGAUGGAAGAAAAAGGGUCAGUAAGUGGCAGUGCUGGAGGUAGUCCUGGAACUACAGGAAUGGGUGAUGCUGAACAAAAUCCUAGUAGUUCAGGAGAUAGUAAAAAACCAGGAAGUAAUAACCCUGGAAAAGAAGAAACACAUGUUGAACAAAAUUCGGGAACAGGAAGUGGUUCAUCAAAAGACGUUAGUGUAGAAGGGAAUAGCAAAGAAGAAAAAACAGAAUCUAGAAAUGAUGAAAAAGGACAGAGUAGUUCAAAAAAUACUGGAGAAUCUCCAAGUAGUGGAGCAAAUGAUAAAGGAAAUAGUGAAACUCAAACAGGAAGCAGUGAAAAAGCAAAUACAGCAAAUGGAGAAAAAGGGAGUGAAAGUCAAGGGAAAAAUAAAGGAGCAGGUAGCUCUAAUGUAACAGGAAAUACAGGAGGAGAUGAUCCAAGCAAAACAACAGAAAAGGAAAAGAAUGGAGAAGGAGCUGAUAAUAAAACUGAUAAAGGAAGUACUGGAACAGAUGGAGUAGAAAAUGGUAAUAAAGGAACUACAGGCACAGGUAGUUCUGAUACAACAGGUAAAAAUGAAGAACCUAAAGAUGAAAAUACUAAAAAGGAUAAAACCAAUGAACAACAAGGAAAAGACGAGAACAAUGAAAAAGGUCAACAAAAUCAACCAAACGCAAAGGAAGAAUCAAAAGAACAAAAUGGAGAAAAUAAACAAACAGGAAAUGAUGAGAAAGAUAAAGACAAUAAAACAAAUACAACUUCUGAAAGUUCGGAAAAUAAACUAAAUGAUGAAUCAAAUUCACAUAAUAAUCUUGAUGGAUCAUCAUGUCUAUUAAUUACCUUCUUUGUUACAUUGAUAUCACUAUUCAUUUAA